AUGGACGCUUUAGCCCAGAAGGUUGAACACAUGUCUGCAAAUCCUACAGCUGCAGUAGCUGUAGAUUGUGAAAUUUACCAAGUCAAUUAUUCCCAAGGAAAACCGUUUUCGAACACUUACAACCCUGGAUGGAGGAAUCACCCAAACUUCUCUUAUAAAAACAAUAACUCUAUUCAAAACUCUACACCUCAAAGACCACUAGGAUUUCAAGCUCAAAGACUAAUCCAAUCUAUACAGGCCAUUCCUCAAAAGCCAAACCUUGAGAAAAUCACGGAGAACUUCAUUUUGGCCCAAACUCAGCAAAAGAAAGAGUUCUUAAACCAAGAUAUUCAUAUAAAUGAACUGAUCAAACAAUUAGGAACUAAGGUUGAUUCGAUAAUCACUCACAAUAAGAUGCUUGAAACCCAAAUAUCACAAAUAACACAACAACAAGCCCCCCAGGCCAUACCUGGAGGGAAAUUUCCUGGACAACCUCAACCCAACCCCCGAGGGAAAGCUAACGCUAUUACCCUACGAAGUGGGACCACUUAUGACGAACCUGUAAAACUAACCUUGAGUGAACCAGAGGCUUUUGAGAAAAAAAUUGUGUCUAUAGAUGAAGUAGAGGGACAUAAAGAUAAGGGAGAAGAUAAAGAUAAAGUUUAUGUUCCACCCUAUCUUUAUAAACCACCAAUUUCAUACCCGCAAAGACUUAAACAGACCAAAAUUGAUAACCAAUAUAAAAAGUUUAUAAAGGUGAUCGAGAAACUCCACGUAGAAAUCCCAUUCACCGAAGCCAUCACCCAGAUACCAUCUUAUGCUAAAUUCCUUAAAGACAUCUUGACCAACAAAUGUAGGCUUGAUGAUCCCAAACCUUUAGAGUGCAACUCCAUUGCUGAGAAUAAACUUGCUAAGAAGGAGAAAGAUCCCGGAAGCUUUUCCGUACCUUGUAUUUUAGGGAAUCAUGUUAUAGACAAAGCAUUCCUAGACUUGGGAGCAAGCGUAAGCUUGAUGCCUUUAGCAGUUUGUAGAAGGCUAAACCUAGGAGAAUUGCAACUGACUAAGAUGUCUCUUCAAUUAGCCGAUAGAUCUUUAAAAUAUCCAGUAGGCAUAUUAGAAGACAUUCAAGUUAGAAUCAGACAACUUUAUAUCCCAACAAAUUUCGUGGUAAUGGAUAUUAAAGAAGACGACGUAAUCCCAAUCCUCCUUGGUAGACCUUUCUUAUCAAUAGCGGGAUCCAUAAUAGAUGUUAAAAGGGGAAGAUUAACUUUUGAGAUAGAUCAAGAAGGAUCGCCCGAGACAAUGAAAUUUCCCUCGACUCCCAUAAGAGAAGACGACGGAUUUCGAAUGAAGCCUUACAUGGAUGACAACAUUUAUGAAUGCUUAGCACUUACCCCAAACCAUAUGCCAUGUCCUAAAAAACCAUCUAUAGAACUCAAGAAACUACCCAAGAAUCUAAGAUAUGAGUUUUUAGAUGAAGAACUAAAUCUCCCCGUUAUAGUGAGCGCCACCUUGAAUGGAGAUGAAACAAACCAAAUUUUAGAUAUCUUAUGA